UCUACUUUUCGCUUUUCCUAUCAAUGUGGCGCUAGCUGUGAUCGAAUGAAAAUUGUAUGUAACCGCCAGCGGUUAUUUGGGUAAAAAAAAUACAGGUUGCGACAACAGUACAUGAAUUAAUAGAGCUCUUUAAAUCGAGGUAAAUACUGGCCUCCGUAUAUUCGGCGGUAAAUUAUGUCAGUGUAUUGAGUAGCUGGGAGUGAUAGGGAGACAUGGCGAACAUUGCGGCGCAACGAAUCAAACGGGAGUUCAAAGAGGUUAUAAAAAGCGAAGAGGUGGCAAAAUGUGCGAUUAAGGUAGAACUAGUAAAUGAUAGCUUCACGGAAUUAAAGGGUGAAAUAGCAGGACCACCCGACACUCCAUAUGAAGGUGGCAACUUUGUAUUAGAGAUAAAAGUACCUGAAACGUAUCCAUUCAAUCCACCCAAAGUACGUUUUAUCACAAAAAUAUGGCAUCCAAAUAUAUCCUCGGUUACAGGCGCCAUCUGUUUGGACAUAUUAAAAGACCAAUGGGCUGCCGCGAUGACCUUAAGAACAGUUUUGUUAUCGUUACAAGCCUUAUUGUCAGCCGCUGAACCUGACGAUCCGCAAGAUGCUGUGGUUGCUAAGCAGUACAAGGAGCAGCCUGAAAUGUUUCGUCAGACUGCAAAACAUUGGACAUCUGUGUAUGCUGGUGGGCCAGCUAAGAUGUCAGAUCUCGAUGACAAGAUAAGAAGAUUGACUGAUAUGGGGAUCGAAGAACAUAAUGCACGAGUAGCCUUAUCGUCCUACAAUUGGGACUUAGAACGUGCCACCGAGCAAUUAUUCAGUUAGUGAUUACUGUGUAUUGUUAUGUAUCAUAAAACGAGCAGCUACCAAUUGGCAGUAGCGACCUCUUGGAAUGUCACUGUCACAAAAGCAUACCAUCAUCUUUUCGAAUAAUUGAGAAAAAACCCAACAUUCGUAAUGACAAUGUUGCAAUGGUGAGGUAACUUUGGAAGUGAUCCCAAAUUUGGCUAACUAUUAGCAUUCAUUUAACAUGUAAAAUAAAUACGAGAAACAAUAAUAAUUGAAGAACAAGUUUUAAGUAGCAAAAUUUCAUAAGAUAUGUAACUCAAGAGGAGGGCAUUAUUACGAUUUACGAGAAUAAGUUGUUAAUUCUAAAUCUACAAGACGAAGCGACAUUAAUCUUUGAAUAGACGUAUGAAUAAUUUUUUUUCAUUAUUCUUGAUAAUUCACUUAGAAAUAAAAUUAGUAAAAUAUUCAAAAACCAAAUACGUAUUAACAUCUACGAAAAUAAUUCUUUGAUUAGGCACUAACACAGGUGCCAAGUGCUUCCUUGAAUUUUUUUUUUAUUUUUCAAUCUGAGUUCAAGUUUUGUGUGAAACCUCAUUGCUGGAGGUGUGUAUCCAAUUGACGGCAUUACUAACGGUUUUACUACUCCAGUGUAACUCAUUAUCAACUCAAUUAAUGAUGGUAUUAGAUGUUUUUUUCCCCAACUCUUAUUGAUCGAAUACAAAUAAAAUUCACAUUUAAUUAUUAAAAUUUGACUUUUAAUCGACUGAUUGUAACGGGGUUUCGCUUGACUCUUGAGUGUAUAUUAAUCAAAUUAACGAAUUUUUUUAGUUUCAAUAAACGUAUUUAUGAAAUUUCGGUAGCCCCAAAACUUGAUUUGUGAUUGUUCAAAAUUUGUACAUUUUUUGAGGCUUGAUUACUUGCCUGUGAUGCAACCUUACACUACUUUUUGCUAUACUGACUAUACGAAAGUUCCAAGAAAUCAGCACAAUUAAACUUAUGAAUUUAAUUACAGUGACGGUUAUACUGGAAAAUUAAACCCAGCUAUUCGGUGCAAAAACAUUUCUUAGAAAACUGAAUGUAAGACAGUAGUGUGCUGACAGGAUCUCACACGGACAGUCCUGUGCAUGUUUGCUAAGUGAUGCAAACAUUUGAUUCAUUUAUUCUGCAUCCCAUCUUAUUUCGAUUGCAAUUCCGAGAGUAAAGUUCUAUUGCCAAGUGUGAAAUCUUUCCCGCAUACAGUGUACUGCAAUUAAUUGUGAAUUGAUAGUUAUGUUUCCUAGUAUUACAUGCAUUUUUUAAUCAUUCACAAUGUGUAGGCUGUGCCUGAAGUGUCGCCAGCAGAAGUCAAGGUCCAACUACUCGCAAACCAGUUUGUUAACUUGGGACAGAUGGUUGGGAUCUGUGAAUUUGAAUUUCCAGGAAAACAAAAAACCCUGCUUUGUUCAUAUUGGGAAAGUUAGGAUUUAUACCAUUUAAUAAGAUCAAUGUACAUUAAUAGGCCUCAGAUAUUAAUAAAAGUAAUUUUUUUUCAA